CUCCUUUCCUGAUGAAAUAGUAUACUCUACUACCCGAACAGUGAAGACGUUCGUUCAUCCGAGCGUACCUCUUCGUGUUUCUUACUUCUUCCUGCCUGUCUUGUAUUUCAGGCGGAAUAUAGCAAUGAUCAGCAAGCUUUUUGGUCGUCCAUAGGAGAAAGGAAGCCUACCUGGUUGAGUUUGGGUUAGGAAAUGCAUAAACGGCAACGCCAAGAACGCGGCGCGUCGGCCAAGGACCUUGGCGAGAAGCGCCACAAGACAGCUGGUGCGCAGGUGCUGUCGGCGGCAGAUGCGCGUGUUAAAUGCAUUCUUGCCUCACUUCUGCAUAACGACGUAUUGGCCACCGUUGACGUCGGAUCUUCCGCUAGUGGGCUCCAGCAGCCCUCUUCGGAGACGGGGCUAGAGGCUCUUAAGCUACCAGACUGUAGCUGCUGCCCUUUCCAUCGGGCUCAUGCACUCAACAUCGUCGUUAACUCUGCGGACGUCCGUCAGCGGGUCUCCCCCUUCUCCUGGCCACACGUCAAACAGCUGCUGCACCGCCGCGCCAUCCACUCCCUCACCAUCCAACACAGCGCAGACGGCCAGCGAGCCCUCCUCCGCAGCUUCAUCCACCUGCCCCCUCCUCCUCCACCACCCACCUCCUCCUCCAACCCACAUCAGCAUCACCACCAUCCUCACCCACAGCAGCACGCAGGCGAUGGAGCACCCGAGCAGCAAACGCGACUCGAGAAGGAAAAGGAAAAGGACAAGGCAGCAGCCGCGCGUGCGGCGCAAACCCCAGAGAUCUGCAGCUGCUUCGGGGGCACACCCAACGCAGCCUACAUCGCCGCUGCAGCCAUCGCAGCCCGUGGCCCUUCCUCCCCUCCAUCUAACGGUAACGCAACCCCCACCCCCACCACCCCAGCCCAGCAUUUCUUUGCUUCUACCACCCCAGCCGGCACCUGCGACCCCCCCGAGCGAUACACCCAUGUCGUACAGGUGCUCCUCCGUACCUCCGACUGGUCGCUGCUGGCUUGCUCCUCCAGCUGCUGCGGGGUGGGGUACGACGCGCUGCACUCGCAGCUGUGCCCGGGGGUGGCGGCGGUGAUGCUGGC